UAACCCGGAAGUGAUGUACCGGUCUGCUCUUCUUAAACCAUGCUGGAACGGAGGUGACCUUAGCAUUCAAUCUGUUAAAUAAGUCAAAUUUGUGCUUGACUUAUUGCGUUAGACGUCUUUUCUGUAUAAGUUUACUCUUAAAUUUCUUUGAAUAAAAAAGCACCCGGUACUAGCAGACAUGGCGGAGGCUCAACAAGCACGCGUUCAGGCUGUAGUGGAAGAAAUGGUCCAAAGCCUGGAGAGGGAUCACAUCCGAAAAAUGCAGGCUCGCAUGUUCAAGUGCAGUGCUGAAUGCUGUGAUCGAUCCACGGACUCAAUGGUUCAAGUGCAUCAAUGCAUUGAUAGGUGUCACGCUCCUUUGGCUAAAGCCCAGGGGCUCGUUACUUCUGAGCUGGAGAAAUUUCAGGAUCGUCUGGCCAGAUGUACAAUGCACUGUAAUGACAAGGCGAAGGAUCUGUUUGAUUCUGGUGCCAAGGAACCAGCUGUCCGAUCUCUAAUGGAACGAUGCGUGGGCAGUUGCGUGGAUGACCACUUGAACCUGAUCCCCAGCAUGACCCGUAGAAUCCAGGAGAACCUGGACUCUAUUCCCCAAUGAGACUAUCGACUUCAUUCAUUGUACUGUUCUCAUAUUCAGAAGCGAAUAUGAACUUCGAGUGGAAGAAGCAAUCCUCAUCAGAACAUGGCAAACACAUAGUUCAGUAUGCUGUGGAGUUUGGGAUCAUGCACCAGGAGGAUACUUAUGUUGUCAUUUUUAAUACAAGUAUGUCCUACCUCCCAUGUUGGGAAGGUAUGUUGCUGGAAAAGAAUUAAACGUGGUACAGGCUGCAACUGUUCUGUUCUAUCUUUUGUAGAACAUGGGGGGAAAAAAACAUUGACCUACUUUCUACGCCAAAUAAUAGAAGUUAAAAGUUAAACCAGUUUUGAUGAUUGGUAUACACUCAUACAGUAUAUUAAUAACAGUUAAUAUUAGGGCUGUCAAAAUUAUCGCAUUAACGGGCGGUAAUUGUUUUAAUUACGUGAAAAUAUUUGACGCAAUUAACGCACAUGCCCCGCUCAAACAGAUUAAAAUGUCAGCACAGUGCAAUGUCCACUUGUUACUUGUUUUUUGGAGUUUUGUCACCCUCUGCU